AUGAUAAUUGAACAAUUCUCUAGAUUUGGCUAUCAUCUAAAUAUAACAUAAUUAAUUACUCUAUACAUCUUUCAAAAUAUAUAGAUUCUUAAAUAUCUAUUGAUCGUGUUAUUUUAAAUUUUCUAAUUUGCUCUCAAUCUCUUUUUUUAAAUAAAGUAUCUUUAGAAUUCAAAUACUCAAUUCUUGAGUCUGAAACCAAAAUUUUUUUUUCGUUUAGAAUCAUUUCAUUAAUAUUUUAAAGUAAUUCCUCAUUACUUAAGUGUUAUAGUGAAGUUUAUUUAAAUUUAUUAAUAGUCUUAUUUUUUGGUCAUUAUAGAAAUCUAUUAAUUUAAUUUUUCCUAUUUUUCUUAUCUCUUCAUCCUUAAAUCAGAAAAUAUUCUAUCCUACUAUUUCUUGGAACGAUUCCACUACUAAUUAAUUUUUUCGAUAGUUCUACCUUUUUGA